CUGAACAUCCUAUCCAACUCUCAACAAAUUCGUUGAAUUCCCCUCAAGUACACUUUACACUUUAUCUCCAUCAAUGGCACCAAAGGCGGAAAAGAAGCCGGCGGAGAAGAAACCAGCCGCCGAGAAGGCACCGGCGGAGAAGAAGCCAAAGGCAGGGAAGAAGCUUCCGAAGGAUGGCACCGCUGCCGCUGGAGACAAGAAAAAGAAGCGCUCGAAGAAGAGUGUGGAAACUUACAAGAUCUACAUCUUUAAGGUGCUGAAGCAGGUUCAUCCUGACAUCGGGAUUUCGAGCAAGGCUAUGGGGAUCAUGAACAGCUUUAUCAAUGAUAUUUUUGAGAAAUUGGCUCAGGAGGCUUCUAGGCUAGCAAGGUACAACAAGAAGCCGACGAUUACUUCUCGAGAAAUUCAGACCGCUGUCCGAUUGGUUCUUCCUGGAGAACUGGCAAAACACGCCGUGUCUGAGGGUACAAAGGCUGUUACCAAAUUCACCAGCUCCUGAAUUUAUCGUCUAUUAGGGUUUUCCUUUGGGCGUUGUUAUGGUUUGAAUUAAUGGUUUGCCAGGUUUCUGGCGAGUAAUUCUGAAUGUAAAGAAUGCUUGAAUUUAAUUUCCUAUGAUUUUAUGUCAUUGUCUCAUUUUUAUGAUUUAUUGAUCAA